UAUUUAUAUACAAUUUCCCAUCACUAAGGUGUGUUGCCCACGAUACUGAUACCAUCUCUAACCGCUUGUUAUUUUGAAAGCACUUGCUGUUUUAAAGCGUUUUUUAUUUAAAAUCACUACAAAUUCGAUAAAAAAUGAUAGGAAGCAAGAAAAAAACGAAAAAGGGAAAUGUCCUUAAAGAAAUUGCAGACAAUUUUGAGCAGCUGAUCAGCAAUCCAGAGCGCUUUCUCAAACCCCAGCCGGAGCAGACUGAAGCCAUUGAGCAGCUCAUUCAGCAAACCUACAGCGUUAGCAUUAGUGGAGAUGUGGCAAACAAGAAGGAUUUGCUUGAGGAGUUGGUUCUGGAGAACAUGGAUGAGGAGCAGAUUUGGCAGCAGUUGGAAAUGCGCAAUGAGAUAGUCUUCCAGCAGCUGUUGGAGCAGACUGCACAGAUGACGGCGAUACGGGAACAGCACCUGGGUAUCGAGCUGGACGAGGGCGACGAACAGGAGGAGGAUCCAGAGGAAGAGAAUGAAGAACUUGCUGACGAAGAGACCGACGAGGAUGCGGAAUCGAACGCGAGCUUCGACGAUGACCUGCCCGCCAGCAAGAAAUCCCAACCACAGAAGGAAAAGAACAGCAGGCGAAUGCGCAACUCUGUAGUGGAUGACACCUUCUUUAAGUUGCAAGAAAUGAACGAGUUUCUGGAGCAGGAGGAUGCCAAGGAGAUGCGUCGAAUGAACAACAAGCGCGGAGGGGAACAGGCGGAAGAAAUCGACCACUUUGCCGAGGAUUUCGGACUGGGAGAAGACGAGGAGGAUGAUGAUGGAAACGUAAACUAUGCUGAUUUCUUUGACAUGGACGAGGAGCUACUGAAGCAGUCCCAAAAAUUUAACAAAGGCAAGGUUAAGGACUUCUUUAAUGAAGAUGAGAGUGACAAGGAAGAGAAGGACGAUGAAGAGGAUGAAGAAAACGAAGAGGAUCUGGAGGAACCAGACAAAAGCGAAGAAGAAGCUGAAAUCGGAGAGGAUCAAGACGAAGCUGCUAGUGAAAUUGAUGAAUCAGAGUUUGUCGCCAAAAGCGGCGUAGAACCUGCCAGCGAUUCCGAUUCCGACUCUGACAAGGAAGACAGUCAAGACGAGGAUAACAAAAAAGUAGCAGAACUGCCUUCGCAGUCCAGCAAUGAGCUCAGAGAAGCUCGUCUUUUCCAACGCAUUCGCGAUUAUGAGGAUGUCGUCCUUGGCGAGAAACCUUGGCAACUUAAAGGCGAAGUCCAAGCAGCUAAUCGACCUCAAAACUCAUUGCUUGAGGAGAUUCUCGAUUUUGAUUCCACCACACGCCCAACAGCACCGAUUACGGAGGAGGAUAACCGUUCAAUUGAGGACAUAAUCAAGCAGCGCAUUCGUGACAAGGCCUGGGAUGAUGUUGUUCGCACUGUUCGUCCCGUAAACACUCCGCAGGAAUACCGCAAGCAGUUGAUUCUGGACCAGGAAAAGUCCAAGCAAUCCCUGUCGCAGAUAUACGAAGCACAGUACCAGCGUGAGCUGGACAAACUCGAUCCUAAUCGGGAUGCCGACGAUAAUAGUGGCCCUGAACCAAAGGAACAUCAAGAGAUAAAAAAAGCGAUGCGUUCCUUAUUCCUCAAGUUGGAUGCCUUGUCCAACUUCCACUUUACCCCCAAACCAGUCGCUCCCGAGGCUAGGAUUGUCACCAACACGCCAGUUGUACAUAUGGAGGAGGUGGCCCCCGUGGCGGUUAGUGAUGCCAAUCUACUGGCUCCCGAGGAAGUGUUCCAGGGCCCGAAACACGCUCCUCUUGGCAAGUCGGAGCGCAAUCGCACCGAUAAGAACCGGGAGCGACGCAAGAAGAAGCAAAAGCAGCGGGCGAUACAUACGGCAUUGGAGCAGCGUGAUCUUCAACGCGCCAAGGAGGGCAAGGCGCCUACGAAGAGGGAGGCGGAUGCUAAGCUUCUGAAGACUAUUACCAAGAGUCGCAAUGUACAAAAGAUCACGGCCAGCAGCAAUGACCAAGGUGCCCUGAAGUCUUCGAAGGCGUUCUUCAACAAACUGCAGGACACCACGGCAGCCACAGCAUCCAACAAACGGCCUAAAAAGGAUGUAGCCAAGGCGAACGCCAAGAAGCUUAAGCUUUAAAUGUAUAUAUUAAGUAAACUUUAACUGUUGAUUAACAUCCCCACGCAAAGUUUCUUCCUCGCCAGUCACGUGGCGGCAAAUGGCCACAAGCGCGCGCACAUGGUCUCAAAGGCUGUCUUCUAUCUGUAGGAAUAACUUUUGCGGGACGGCUAUUUCCAUAGGGGUCUUCAAUUUGAAACACCAUGGGAGCUGGCAUGCGUCGGCUUUUGGCAGCCUCCCUGCGAGAACAUCCUUUUGCGUGUGUGUUUCUGUGGGCGUGUGAGCGCAGCCAAGGACCUUCGGUAUCCUGGUGGGGCGAUUAGGCACGCGUGUAAUGUAAAGAAUAUAACUAUUUUUAGAAUUAUCUACUUAAAAUAAACUGUUUGCUUUUUAA